AUGGUCGAUGGCAACGAUGAAAUCAUCGCGAAUGAACAAAGGGAUUCAGAUCUAUCUCAAAAAUCAUCGAAAGGCAAACGAUCACGAUUAACAUUUCCAUUUGGAGCUUGUCGAGUAUGUUCAGAUUCUGCUACUGGUAUUCAUUAUGGCAUUGCAACUUGUGAAGGAUGCAAGGGAUUUUUCAAACGAAGUAUAUUACGUAAAGAAAAAUAUCGCUGCUAUUUUGAUAAUGCAUGCCUUAUCAACGUGGCCAAUCGUAAUCGAUGUAAAGCUUGUCGUUUUCGACAGUGUACAAAUCAAGGCAUGUCUGUUGAUGGUGUGAAAAUGGGUCGAAUACCGAAACUAGUGAAAGAAAGAGCUUUAAAAGAAUUGCAAGAACAAAAAACAAAAGGAACAACAUCAAAUGGUGAAAUAAAUGGAAUGCAAGCAAACACAUUAUCAUGUUCAUCAUCGGAUCGCAGCAUUGACAAUGACGAUUCAAAUACAAUGGAAACAGAUUCUAUUGAAGCGCAAGUGCCAUCUGUUCCAAUGCAAGAUGAUUCUUCGAAUACAUGUGCAAAGUUUGAAGUCGAAAUAAAUUCAAGUUCGAGUGGAUCAAUCGAUGAUCAUCAAAUAGACGUUUUAAAUAGUAGUUUUAAUUCAACAGUUGAAUCGCAUCUGCCAGCAUACAAUAGCUUGCCAGAUAUGAAAUCGAAAACAUCAGCAAAUGAUCGAGAAGACGAAAUUAAACAAUUUACAUAUCGAACGAAAUAUCCAACAUUUUUACCAAACGAUUUUACAGUCGAUGAAACAGAUGGUUUAUCUCAACUAGCAACGGGCCUAUUAAAUAAUGAAGAAUUACAAUAUGUAAAAGCGAUAGCAAACAAAUUAGGUCGAAAUUCAUUGAAUUUAGACACUAGACUCAACGAUGAAGAAGCAAGAUUUAUUCGAUAUCUUCGUUCUAUGUCAUACGAUAUUUUUCUUCGACGCUCGAGACGCCAAAAACAAUUAGUAUCUCGAAUGAAUCAAAUGAUUGAAAAUAAUAUUCACGAAUGUCCAGGCGAUAGUGCAACCGUUGCAGAAUAUUUUCGAAGUAUUGGAUUGUGUUGCCAAGUAUUUACUCGUGCGACAGUACUAUACGUUCAAGAACUGCCUGGAAUGAAAAAUAUGAGUGUAAAAAGCCUUGAGCGAUUGCUAACUCGUCGAGUAUUCGAUUGGUUUAUGCUUCGAUAUCAUCAACUAUAUAAUGACAAUGGUCAAUGUUAUCUUCUUGCUCCGAACGGUUUUCAAUUAGCUCGUUGUUGGAUGCGUUAUUUACACACUGAUGAAUUUGGAAAUGUUGUAUUUGAUUUCUGCCGACGCGUUCGUGAACUUAAUUUGAGUGAAAAAGAAUUUUCAGCGCUUUUAGUGUAUUAUGCUUGUUAUGAUGAUUCAACUAUGGAAGAUCGAGAAAUACCUCAAAUGCUAAGAUCCUGUUAUCAUUAUGCUCUCUAUUCAGAAUUAUGCCAAAAUCGAGGCGAAACCAAAGGGAAAAUAAUGCUCAGCAAAAUUACUCAAGUCCUUGAACUUCUCAUUCCAAUCACCGAACAAUAUCACAAAGAAGUCGCCUCAUGUAUACUAGAAGUAUGA